AUGACUUGCCAUAAGAAGACCUUGAAACAGAGAAGGCUCACAAAUCUCUACAUUGCUCUCUUUGUUUCCAUUACAAUACUCCAAUGUUGUGCCAAGAAAAAAAAAGCGCCUCGAGUUGAACAUACGGUCACAAUUCUCACUGGUUUGACGAAUUCCGAACGGAGUUCUGAUGUUCAUAAAUCGUCAUCACCAGCAAAUUCACCAGCAUCUGCAUCUCCAAGUCCGACUGAAAGAACAAGACGGAAAUCGAUAAGAAACACCGAGAAGCUUCAAACUCCUGGAAAAGCAGAGAAACGGAAGAAAGCAAAGAAAAGAUCGACGGAAACAGUUAAGAAGGAAGAAUCCAGAAAAUCCAGAAAGAAGAUUUCACUUGAAAAACAUGAGGAAGAUGAACUGGAAGUUAUGUCAACUCAGCCUUCAAACCCAUCUUCUUCUGAUCUGGACUCGGUCGGAACUGCGAGAAUCGAAAUCAUCCAAAUGAAAAUAUCACAGAGUCCAGCCCAGAAGGAAGUCAAGAGACCAAGCAAAGAAAAUGUGACAGAAAAGAAGCCUAGUAGAGAAGCUAUUGCUGAGAAAAAACCAAGUCGAGAUGCUUUGGCGGAGAAAAAACCGAGCAGGGAUGUGUUGGCUGAGCGAAAACCAAGUAGGGAAUUGAUGGCGACCGCGGGGAAACCGAGUAAAGAGGCUCUAACUGAUAAUCCUCCGGUAAUGAAGAGAAGUCGAGAAUGUGAGAACUUGAAAAAAUCAUCAUCGUCUUCUCAUGAUAAAGAAGAAUGA